UUCGAAACGCGAACGUUCAGAGCGCUACCACCGCUUUACGUUUGCACAGUAGUGUUUGAGGGGAGACAUCAUGAUUUGCAGUGAUUUUGUUUUUUGAUCGAAUUUUUCUAGCAAAUAGAACCUUUCGCGGUUCCAGUGAUGACUUCUACAUCUGAUAAUCGUGCUGAUAAUGAACCAGAAGAAGAAGAAAAAUAUUCUCGCCCGGGUACGCCUUCAGAACAACAUGAUACUUUACUCUCUGAGGCAGACGACAGGAACGUCAAAAUCAACAACUUCCCCAAAAACCAGAAAAAUGCUACUGCCAGUAAAGAUCCCGUUAUUUCCAUCAUCGACACACCUGCCAAAGUCCAGGAAAACUCACCUGAAGAGAACUCUCCUAACAGGCCAUGGUACCUGUCACAGCUGGAAGAUCCCUGUGGUUGCGCCAACAGCUGGACUCUGCAAGUCUUUGGGUUACUGGUGUUCCUUGCGUUGUUAUGGGGAUUGUUGUACAGCCUUGUACAUAAUGAGGUGACGCCAAGCGGGGAUCUGUUCAAGAUCCUUGUCCUGGUGUUGCUAGCGUUCUUGGCUGGCAAGGUUGUUGCAUUGGUCCGUCUGCCUCCGCUGCUUGGCAUGUUGAUCACAGGCAUAGCUCUGCGAACAUCUGGCUUCUAUCAGAUCUCUGGAGUUUACGUGCACGUUGUUGUUACACUCAGAGAGGUGGCGCUGAGUGUCAUCCUCAUCAAGGCAGGGCUAGGUCUGGACCCUGUGGCUCUCCUCAAGCUGUCCCUGGUAGUGAUCAGACUGGCUAUCUGUCCCUGCAUAGCUGAGGCUGUUGGGGCUGCUGUGGUCUCUCACUACAUCCUAGGCUAUCCCUGGCUCUGGGGCCUACUGCUGGGUUUCCUGCUGAGCGCAGUCUCGCCUGCCGUGGUGGUCCCUGUGUUGUUGGGGCUGCAAGAGCGGGGCUACGGAGAAAGUAAAGGCAUCGCUACACUGGUCAUAGCUGCAUCUAGCAUGGACGACGUUCUGGCUAUAUCCAUCUAUGGCAUCUGUCUCAGCAUGAUAUUCUCCACUGGCAAUUCUGACAUCUCACGGCAGUUGCUACAAGGGCCGCUGGAGAUGUUGGUGGGAUUGGCCAUUGGGAUUGCGUGGGGAUUGUUAACUGCUGUUAUCCCACACAGAAAUGACAAACUGGUGGUGCUGAAGCGCUCAGUGAUGAUCGGCGCCGGUGGCCUGUGCGCCAUCCUGGGUGCCGAGAUGCUGGAGUUCCCCGGCGCCGGACCUCUAGCGUGCAUCACCGCCAGUUUUGUCGGCUGUUUGUGUUGGAAACAUCAGGGCUGGGACUCUCAUAACCCAGUGUCGACUGUGUUUGGCAAAGUUUGGCUACUGCUGCAGCCGAUGUUGUUUGGCCUCAUAGGAGCAGAGAUAGAUCUCAACGAGCUGCGUUACGAGACAAUCAGCUCCGGCCUCCUUGUUAUAUUUGGCGCAUUAGUUGUAAGAAUAAUUUGUUGCUGCUUUGUCCUACUUGGGGGCAAGUUGAAUAUGAAAGAAGUUUUGUUUGUCAAUUUGGCUUGGCUUCCAAAAGCAACAGUCCAGGCUGCUCUAGCCCCAGACGCCCUGGACAUGGUUCGCAAGUCUUCAGAGAACCCUGACCCUAUAGACAUUGACCGUGGAGAGCAGAUCCUGACCAUAGCAGUCCUCAGCAUCUUAGUGACCGCUCCUCUAGGCUCCAUCGGCAUCACGCUAGGAGGUCCACACUUACUGUCUCAGGAACAUCCUGAAUCGACCUCUGAACAAGACAAGUCCCAUUCCAAAGAGAAAGAAGUGGCCGUGGAAAAAGUUUAAACAACUAGAAUAUGCUGCACGGGCAAUAGCUACAUUUCCUCAGGCUUAAGUUAAAGGUAAAGCAACAUAAUUGCAUUGUCUUAUGGUAAAUUUAAAGCACUUCAACUGCCAAAAAGUGGUAAAAAAUUUAAUUUUUUUAAAGUCCUAAAUGCUAUCAAAAGUCCUGUAUUUGGCCUAACACAUAUAGAUUUGUAAAAAUGAUAGUACUCAAGUCAUGAAUUUGAUUGUAUAACUAAUGAUAAUAAUAUACUGACGACUAAAAGCUAUAAUGUUUGAAAAUACUCAGAUCAUUUUUGCCUUUUACCAGAUAAUUGCCUGUGCAUUUAUACUUCUUUGUUCAAAAAUACGUAAGGGCAAUUAAUGUAAAUAUUGUUUAGAUCAAUAAUAGCUUUAAUGUUAGAUUGUCACGUUAAUUUUAAGCGUUUUAAACUUUUUUACUUUUCUUAGUUAUAAAGAAGUGCAAUAUGACAACUAUGUAGGUACUUAAUUUAUUCUUUGUACUUUGAAACUAUAUUACUCAUCUGAUUUUGAAACGCUCUCGUAUUUUAUUCCAGAAACAGAAUGUGUUCAAUUUUAUAAACACAGGGAUUUAACGAAAAUAGAAUUCAAUCAAAAUGUAUCUAUUUAAUUUCUAACAUUGUAUACAUUUAUUUCACAUAAGCAUUUUAUUGUAGAUCCAACUGUGGUUGUAACAAGUAAGAAAUGAUUCCACGUUUUAGCUUCCUGUUUUUAGUAUUGUUAGUCGUAACAUUGAUUGUUCUCCAAUGGAGUAAUGCAUAGUUAAGUGUUCAAGAAGUUUUAGAAUAUGUAUAGUGAAAUUUUAAUAGUGUUGAUUUUAUAGCUAGUUUAUGCACCAUUGGAUUUUUUUGUAUUUUCUCAUUUAUUUUGAUUCAUUCAAUUAUGAAUAACUUAUGGCUAGAUUAUCGUGGCUGCUGAUUUUCAAUCAGUUUAUUUUGUUGUUUUAGUUGGUAGGAUUUCCUAAUGGCCAUUAUUAAAAAAAAAACCCCUUCUUACUUCCCCUUUAUGAAUUUUUACUAGAUUAAAAAUGUCUAACUAAUUUAAAUUUUUCCGGAAAAACAUUAAAGUUUUUUAGUGGAUCAACGCAUUUGGUAAAAGAAAGUAAACUUAAACUAACUUUUUUUUGUCAUGACUUGCUUCUAAAUUUAAUAUACAAAAAAAUCCAAUGUGUACGAGUAUUGUUACUGUAUAUUUUCUUUGUAAAUAUUGUACAGGGUUCUUGUUAAUCUGUGGCAUUACAGAAUUUAACGUUAGUUCCUUAGAUGUAAGUAGAAUCUGUUAUAACAAUUGCUCUUUCAAAUAUUCUUUUUUAUUUCUCCUAAUAUCAUCAGUAACUACCUUAAAAAUUCAGUUGGUAUUUUCAAAUUGGCUAAUUUAAUUUUUAAGUAGACAAAAAAAGUUUUAUACACAGAUAAAAACAGUAAUAAGCUCUUUUCAGUAUUGAUAUUGUUGAUAGAGUUUGGCUCCCUUAAUCAAGUACUGUAGUUUUUUUCUAAUGAAACUUUCAUUAUUAUCUAUGACUUUUCUCUCCCUGGGGGAGGGGGAUGAAAUCCUUCACAAUUCUUAAUAACUUUAAAUUUGAAAUCUGUUUACUAAUUGAAAAGUGAUGAGAUUGUUCAUUUAAGAAUUAAAGUUAAAUCUAUAAUUUUAAUAAUCUUCUAUCUAGAACUACAGUAUUAAAAAUAUCGGAUGUUGGAAAUUGGUUGACCUGUUCAUGUAAUAGUGAAAUUAGAAAUACAACAUUUAAAGGUAGAGUGAAGAGAGCUAGUUUCGCUCAAAUUGAGGGUUGUGUUGUUUAUAUAAACUUACAUACAUACGAUAUAAAUAAAACAAUAGUAGUACUUAAUUAUUCCUCUUCCCAUAACAAAUUUGUCUUUUUGAAUUAAUGUGAUAACAAAAUAUGUUAGGCAAAGUAGAAUUUAGAUUCAAUGCUAUUAUUGAGAAUGAAGGGUCGUUUUUAUAUCAUAUUUUCCAUUUCUUCUCUCUCCCUUUUCUUCCUUUGUUUGUUACUAUAUUCAAACAAAUUUGAAAAAAGAUGUGCACAAAAAUUUUAAUCAAUCUUUCAUUGAAAGGGUAAAACAGUUGAAUACAAAGGGAUAUGUAAUAUUAGUUUUGCUUAUUAAAAAAAUGUUUUAUAAUAUUAUUGUUGUUAUUUAAAUUAAUAUAAAUUAUUCAUUGAGUGUUAAAAAUAAUAAUUUUAAAAGAUUUAUAUUUCUGUUAAUUGUUUGUUCUGUAAAAAUGUAUUUUAUCAUAGUUCUAAUAACAAAAUGUUAAAUUUUUAAAUAGUUUUAUUGUAAGUCGGUUAAAGUUAUUUUGAUCUUAAUUUGUUGAAAAAAAAUAUCUUUUUUUAAUUAAUUCUAGUAAAUAUUUUAUAAAUGAAGAUAAUUUAUGGAGCAUUUUUUUUAAAUAUUAGUUGAAUAUAAUCAUAACAUAUUUUAAAUAAUUUAUCCUCCAUCUAUAGUUUUUUAAAGAAAGAUUGUCAUAGUGCGUUAAAUUUCAAGGUUAAAUGAAAACCAUAAGUUUGUUUAAUAUAAAUAUUAAUCACACACUUCCAAAAUACUGUUAAAAAUAGGUACUAAUAAAUUAAAGCCUGCAAAGAAUUUAAAUAUAUACUUGUAAAGAAGGGCACAAUUAGAUAACCUUAAAAAAACUGUUUUCUUCUUUAGUUAAAUAGAAAAUUCAAUUCUGUAGAUGUUUUUCAAACAAUAAAAAGUAGAUUUGAAAUAAUUUGUCCAACCCUGUUUAAUAACCAAAUAAAUUUAAAUGUUAUACUGUACUCUAAAUAUUGAAAAUAAAACUUCAAAUAUAUUUAAAUAUAAAACUAAGAAUUAAGUGUCGAUGUAUAAUUUACUUUUCAUUUUUUAAUGUUAAUUUCCAAUCAGUUUUGAAUUCAAAACUCCGAACGCAUGAACUGCAAAUGUUUCAAACUAUUGUUAGAGAAACGCCAAACAAAAAUAUUGAAAUGUUUAGCCAAAUAGAAUAUUAGGUUAGACUAGUUGUAGCCGUUAGAUUUGUGUGAAAACCACUAAUUUAGGUAGCUCUUAAUUGUGCAUGGAAAAUGUUCUUAACUGUCUUUUAUUCUCAAGUCGCUGUUAGUUGGAUAAAUUAAGUUUUAAGUCUAAAUUUACAAUUCUCUGUAUAAUUUUGUUAAAUGACUUUGUAGAGGUUUCUAAUAUAGUGAGAUUUGGGAAAAGAAUGAGAUUUAGCAGUGCAAUAUGCGCGAUGAUUUUUCUUUCGACUAGUCAAUUUAAGGUGCAUUAUUAACGUAAAGUUUUAUCGUGGGCUCUGCUGCUAUAUUCACUGACUAUACAUCUAAGUCUAUGCUACAUAGUGUUCUAUAUGCAGUGCCAAUCAAACAAAACUUUAAGACAUCAGAUUGGUUAACAUCAAUGGUUUAUAAUUUUGAUUUAAUAUAACAUUUGAGUUUUAAUAGGUUUAAUAUUUAUUUGCCUAGUUGUGUUACCUAAAUAUACUUCAUAGCAUAUCUUAACCAGAAAAUGUGUAAAAUACAUUGUUUAUUGAAUCUAAAAAUUUAAAAGGUAUACAUUUGAAUUUUUGGCCAAUUUUAAAAACACUUUAAGCACUUAAAGGCACUUAGGCUAUUGGCAAAACUAUUCUGGUAUCCAUUUUUAUAAUUUGUUUGUGCCUUUGCAUUUAUCUCUUAAACUUUGCACCUAAGAGAAACCGUUGUAAAAUGUUUUGUUUAAAAACAUGUCUUUCCACUUUCAUUGUUUUCAUAUUGGCACUGCAUUGUAUGGAAACCACCCAUAUCAGUAUUACUUGCAAUGUAAAAAGCUUGGAAGAAAUUUUCACUUGAAACAGUCACUACUCCAAAAUCAGCACCUAAUAGUGAGAUUUAACAUGUGCCAAUCGAUAUUCACCCAUAUUCAAUAUUCGCUCAACUCAGGCAUACUAACAUGGCUCCGUUACGUUUUGAUAUAUUUUAUAUUCUAUGUACAUAACAACAAAACUGAGUUUGACUCACAUGUAGGUGAUGUAAUCAUGUAGGCUGUGAAAAUGCUUCUAUUGGUUUUAAUGCUCAGCAAAUCUUAGUCUUCAAUUCUUUUGUGAGCGAUGCAACAUGCAACCAAUUAUUAAGUUAAUUCUUUAUAAUAUAGGGCACAAGACCUUUGGUGUUAUAGAUUUUUUGUCAGAAUGGCACUUACCUGAAUGGAGAAGAGUCCAAAUUGGCACAAGAAACACAAACCCUUAUACUAUAGACAAAAAAUUAGAAUAUUUCACUGUCACUGGCAGGGUUCUCAACUGAGAAAGGUAUGAGAUGAAGAAAGGUUCUUCUUCACGCCUGAUGGUGGCCAGUGUUCUGUGUUUCUUGUGCCGGUUUGUUUCUUUCCAAUGUAGGUAAGCUUGCUAUCCACACAAGAAUCCUCAUUCCUUAAAAGGUUCAGCCUUUUUCAAACUUGUUAUCUAUUUGUUUAAAGCUUUCACUACUAAGACUCACAAUACUCACAAAUAAAAAAAAUUGGAUCUUGGUAGGGAAAGUUUUAACCCAUCAAACUCUUUCAUACACCUUAAUGCCAAGUUUAUUUCAAUAAAAUAAUUGUGUUCAAAAAGUUUUGCUUAUGAAGCGAAGACACUAAACUUCCACCACUCAUUUCCAGAUAAAUCUCCAGUUUUAGUUCCAGCAGUAUUUAUUUUGUUAGAGUUGCAGCUCCUUGCCAAAUUUACGUAUAGGAAAGUGUGUAGGGUAAGGUCGUAGGUUGUAAUGUGGUCCCCUGAAAGAGAUGUGUCGAUCGUCAACUCUUAUCGUCAAUUGAAUAUUCAAACUGUCAAGCAAUAAAUGAAGUGAGUUUUUUUACAAUUAUGAAUUUUAAAUUAGAAUCCACCUUGCUUCCCUCGCUUAUUUAGGCCUAAUGAUUGUGUGAUUCUAACCUAUUUACGACCAUUUUUUGUAAACGUAUCACUGUUCAUCUGUAGUUUUUUGACUCAAGAUUUACUGUCGGAAUUUUAGUAAAACAGCAUUUUAUUCUUUAAAUAUUUACAAAUCUGAUAUUCUUAUACAGAUUUAUUUAGUAUAGUUAUUUAUAUUAGUGUUUUGUGAUCUGUAAAUAUCCAGAUAAAUAGACAAUUUAAAUAAUAAAAUUUCUUUUAAUGUGUUUAUACAUUUUAACAUGAUUUUUUGCAAUGUGUACUUAACUUUUGUAGUACUGUACUUAUGUUCGCAUAUCAGUUAUAUCUUAUUGUUGCAUUUACUUUUUUAUUUUCAUCUCUAAAUCUGGAUGUUUACUUGAACAAACACGCUUAAAAUUGCAUUUACUAUCAGUCUUUUGACUUUUUACUGUAGCACUGUAGACAUUUGAUUAGAAAACUACUUAUGACCUAGAUCUCUUCUACAGUUGUUCUAGUUUAGUUUAGAGUCGAAGAUGGUAAGUUCAGUUCUGUGAUCCCAAAGACCAAUCGUAUGUUUUCACUACACUGUGGGACACAUCUCUUGAGUAGCGUUCGUUGUCUGGUGUACUCUGUACAAAUUGUAAUGUGUCUUUCAUUUGACAAAUUACAUCUCAAAACUAA